UUCUUUUGCCCAAAAAGGAUGACUUCUCCGGCGUCAACCGUCGAGAAGGGAGUCCGUCGAAGGUUACCACCGCCACUCAAUCGAAUGGGAUUGUUCGAGCCAUAUAUUAAGGAUGGAAAGAAAAUUACGGAAAUUGUCAGGCUGAACCCAGUGGAAGUAUUUUUGGCUGGAUUCAUUCCACCAAUGUUUGGAUCAAUAUCAGCUAUUGCAAUUGCCCUAAUAUUCCAUAAUGAUGAAAUCAGUAACUAUAAUUGGCAGUGUGGUCGGGCUCGUCUUCCCUCACUCUCCAGAAUUAUUAAUUUACCAGUUGAACGUACGUUUUGGCAACUUUUUCUCUUGUUUCAUGUGCCUAUUCGAGUUGUUGAGCUGAUCACAGGAUUUUCCCGAUACAAACGAAUGAGAAAUGUGAACUAUAAACGUGUAUGGCUAUAUGAAUUAAGUCGAUAUUUGUACUUUGUCGUUGGUUUAUUGGAACUGAUUUUCUUAUCGGGCUUAUCAAUUAUUGGCGAACGGGAAAAUAUUCAAGUUCAUGUGAUUUUCUUCUAUGUUUUUGGAAUCUGUGGAAUUGUUCACAUGAUUUCAAACAUUUUCUGUCAUGCUCAUUCAUUGUAUUAUCUGAAUCCAUAUGGCCGAUUAUCAUACUACUUGAAAAUUCUUUUCACAUCACUGUACGUUCUAUCUACUCCAAUUCUCAUUGCUUCAUUUAUUCUCUACUGGAGAAAAUGUAUAACUUGGGCGUACGAUGUUUUCGCGUUAUGUGAAUACAGUGGAGUGUUCCUAAAUAUUUGCUUCCACGGAUGUGCAUUCUUUGACAUUCGAUACAAAGUCACUUUCAGUGUGCGAAAAAUCGAAGACGUUGUUCAGAAUGAGCCAAACAAGCAAGCAAUUGAAGCUCUUCCAGAGAAACAUUAAAUUAUUAUUUUUGAAACCAUUGAUAUUUUUUUAAUUGCAAAAAAGAGAAAAGUGCGAGUGCAAUCAAUUCCAGUCUUUCCAUCCGAUUCCAUAUUUGUACAUUACUGUAUUUUUAUUUUAUUUUAUUUAUUCUAUUAAUCAAAACCAUCACCUGACAAAAUCAAAGAUUGUAGGUGAGUUUUGUUGUGCUUCCAUUUUUUUAAAUUUUAACUUGUGUUUUUUUCAAUUGUUUUUUUAUUUGAGAAGUUUCAAAAUUUAUUAAAACAAAUAAAAAUAUUAGACAUUU